GUGAAGAGAGAGGACGUACGACGCUCUCGGCUCCACAGUUAACCAGGAUAUUUUAACUUUUCUUUGUAUAUAAUUUUGUAUUUAUAUUCUGCAUCCAAGUUUAUCAUUUGACUUCGGAGAUUAUUCCCUCACGUCGUUGGUUUUUGUCGUCGGAAUGGAGAGAAGCCAAGUGAACUACAAGGCGAUGUCCAUCUUUGGACGUGUGCCGGCAAGGUUUGUGGUGGGCGGCCUGGUGUUCCUGGCUAGUGUCACUAUUUACAUGCUUCGUGUCAACCUCUCCGUCGCCAUUGUUGCCAUGGUACGUCGAAAUAACAGCGCUACCGUCGCCUCGAAUGCCGAAUGCCUCGUCCUUACUCAAGGUGUUGGGGUGGUGGCUGGAGAGGGGAAUUCUACCACACACCUGGAGGAGCGUGAAGAGGAAGUGGACGGGGAGAUGGACUGGGACGCCCUGACGCAAGGAGUCAUCUUAGCCAGCUACUACUACGGCUACGCCUGCACGCAGAUUAUCGGUGGCCGCCUGGCGGAGAUCUACGGUACAAAACGAGUCCUCGGAGGCUGCAUCUUCAUAAGCGCCAUCUGGACUCUUGUGACGCCCAUAGCCGCCCGCGCCCACUACGGAGCCCUCAUCGCCAUCCGGGUCGUCCUGGGUCUCUGUAGCGGCGUGUCGUGGCCAGCCAUGCAGUGUCUUGUGGCCCGCUGGAUCCCGCCACUGGAGCGUCCAAGAUUCGUCGCCAUUGUGAUCUUGUCCAGUUCCUUGAGCGUGACGUUCACCCUGCCUCUCUGCGCCCUCAUCAUCGACACCCUCGGCUGGGACGCCACCUUCUACCUGACGGGAACACUGGCGCUAGUGUGGUGUGUCUUGUGGUUUCCACUCAUGCACGACUUCCCUCUGCAACACCCAAGAAUAAGCAUGGAGGAGUUGGAAUACAUAGAAACGACUGUAACGGCGAGUGGAGUGACGAGGAGUCCAUCAAGACGUGUUCCCUGGCGGCAGAUGACCACUAGCAUGCCUGUGUUAGCCAUCAUCAUUUGCGACAUAGGAAACUGCUUCGGCCUUGCGGUCUAUGUGACCCAGUUGCCCACCUACAUGAAGAAUGUUCUCGGGUUCUCUAUAAGAAAGAAUGGGCUAUUGUCAGGCCUGCCAUUCCUGUCGCGUUACGUGGGGGCAGUUAUUUCCAGCUCCAGCGGUGACUGGCUGGUAGGACGAGGGUACCUCACCAUUCUUAACGCCCGCAGGAUAUACAGUGCUAUAGCAAUGCUGGGUCCUGCUGUUGGGCUGCUGGCGGUGGCACACGCCGGCUGUGAGGCGGCUGUGGCGGUGGCACUGCUGUGUCUGAGUCUCUUCCUCAACGGUGCCAUCACCACCAGUCAACUCGUCAACCAGAAUGACAUUGCUCCUAAUUACGCAGGGACUGUCUUUGGGAUAAGCAAUACCUUUGGUGCAGCCGCCUCCUUCGUCGCACCUGUGGCAGUUGGGGCCAUUACCAACGAUCAGCAAACGAUGGGUCAAUGGCAGAAGGUGUUCUGGAUGUGUGUCCCAAUUUACGUAGUCACCGAGCUCUUCUUCCUCGUUUUCUCCUCUGGUUCUGUACAGUCCUGGAACUACUACGCCGAAAAGCAUUCUCCCGAAGGAACUUCUGAUUCUCCAGCUAAAGACGUUCCAGAAGAGACUGUGAUGAUCCAGGAGCACUGACGCCAACGCCAAAUGUCAGCCGAACACCUCGGAUUUGUAAAUAAGUAAUAAUGUGUUUGAUCGUAGGCGCUGCGGGCUCACUAUAGCCCGUGUUACUUGGAACUGUUUGUUCCAGGUAGCGAGUCUUUAACAACAACAACGUUUGAUCGGGGACAUGAAGCCUGUAUAUAUAUAUAUAUAUAUAUAUAUA